UGGUGUGGAAAAUGGCUGUGCAGGGGGAGCAGGAGCUGUGAACGGGACAAGAGAGCGCAGCACACGGACAUACGACCAACAACUAGUUUUUUGCACGGCUUAAAUUCUUUACCCGCACCUUAAAGAAUAAGUUUAGCCGUAUUCCCGUGUACUUGCGCCACUUUGGAGGAGUUUUAGCGCAGCGGCUCUACGUGGAAAGCGUCAAGGAACAUCGGCGGGUGGGUAGCAGUCAUGUGAGGGACGUACUGAUUUGACAACACUCCGCUGACACCGAGUCCUCUGUGUGAGAAGAGCAUGUUGCCAACACACUCUCUCUGCUCCAUUAUCUGGCUCAACCGGGGUAUCAAACUGAGGAAACUAGUCCAGUCAGGUUUGAACAACUCUUUUAAAUGCUCCGUAGCUUUGGCUGAGUCCUAACUAAAAGCACAAGAGAUCUGUGCUACAUCACACCUACACUCUUCUGGUUGCCAUUUUGAAUUCUCACACAAAAUGGCGUCAGGAGGCAACAUCAAGGUCUAAAACAGCCAAUGCAAGAGAGACUUGAAUUGUUUUUUACUCAGAGAUGCUUCUAAGAGUUGGGUAAGGACAAUUCCAAGAGCGACCCCUGCUGCGUCAUCUUUAACCCUUUACUCCGUAGUCCGAGUGACACAAUUCUCUCACAAAAUGGCCGCUGAAGGGUUCCAGUACCGCGCCCUCUAUCCGUUUGCUAAAGACCAGGAGGAAGACUUGGAUCUGCUACCUGGAGACCUGCUCACGGUUAGCAAGGCAUCGCUGCUGUCCUCCGAAAGCUACCAGGAAGGAUGUGAGGAGCGACCAGAGAAGCUGGGAUGGCUCCUGGGCUACAACGAGAGAUCCAAGCAGAGAGGCGAUUUUCCCGGGACAUACGUGGAAUUUGUGGGGCCUGUCAAGAUGAGCCUCCCAACAACGCAGCCUCGAUCUCAGAGACCCCUCCCCGCGGCUCCCACAGCAGACCCCAUCAAAGCUGUUUGGGCGCCCGACCUGAGUGAGCAGUUCACACCCCCAGAGACAGCCCCCCCAGUGUUGGUCAGCCUCAUCCAGGCCAUCGAGAGGAGAGGUAUGGACAGCAGGUCAUUGUACAGGACUGUUUCAGAAAACCCCGCAGCAAGCCUACUCAGUGAGAAUGACCUGAGCCACAAAGAUGUCGGUUUUCUCUCCGACUGUGUCCUGAGCUAUUUGAGAGACCUGCCCUCACCUGUCAUCCCGGUCAGUGUCUACCCGUACCUGCAGGGGGCGCUCACCAAUCAGCAGCAGAGCCAGACUGCAGAUGGUACAGUUGCUGGGAGCCAUGAUCGAGAGGUGAGUCUGGUUCUGGAGCGCUCCACCUCCGUUCCCCUGCACCACCGACUUACGCUACAGUUCCUCCUCACUCACCUGUCCCGAGUGAGCCAGAGCCAGGCCAACAACGGCUUGGACAUCCACACACUGGGACACAUCUUUGGACCGCUGCUCAUACAGAUCGAUCCCUCCUUUGGAUGGUCACCAGUGGAUGAGCAGUUCUCAGCUAUGGUUUUGGAGAGGCUGAUCAUUGAGAGAACUACACAGCAAGACAUCACACCUCCGGUUCUCCCGGCAAAACCAGUCACGUCUAAAACUGCACCAUCUACAAUGACUGACAUGACCACGCUGCUUAAUGACGCUGAGUGGUACUGGGGAGAAAUCUCCAGAGAGGAGGUGAACGAGAAGAUGCGAGACACUUUGGACGGUACUUUUCUGGUCAGAGAUGCUUCCAGCAAAUUAGAGGGAGAGUACACACUGACCCUCAGGAAAGGGGGGAACAACAAGCUGAUCAAGAUCUACCACCGAGAGGGUUUUUACGGCUUCUCAGAGCCCCUCACCUUCAGGUCUGUGGUGGAUCUCAUCCAGCACUACCGCCACGAGUCCCUGGCCCAGUACAACACCAAACUGGACACUAAGCUGCUCUACCCAGUCUCCAAGUACCAGCAGUUAGUGAAGGAGACCAGUAUUGAGGAAGUGGGAGAGCAGCUGAAGGUGUAUCAUGAGCAGUACCAGGACAAGAGUCGCGAGUAUGAUUCCCUGUAUGAGGAGUACACCCGCACCUCACAGGAGCUGCAAAUGAAACGCACAGCCAUUGAAGCCUUUAAUGAGACCAUAAAGAUCUUUGAGGAGCAGUUUGAGACUCAGGAGCGCUACAGCAGAGAGUCUUUGGAGCGAUUCCAACGAGAAGGGAACGAGAAGGAGAUACAAAAGAUCCAAAGUAACUCGGAGCGCCUGAAGUCUCGUGUGAAAGAGAUCCACGACAGUAAAGUGAAGCUCGAGCAGGACCUGAGGCAGCAGAUCAGCGACAACCGAGAGAUCGACAAGAAGAUGAAUAGUCUCAAGCCUGACCUCAUGCAGCUACGCAAGACCAGGGACCAGUACCUAAUAUGGCUCACACAGAAGGGAACACGACAGAAGAAGAUCAACGAAUGGCUGGGCAUCAAGAAUGACGCAGACGACUCCUAUUCGCUGGAGGAGGACGACGCCUCUCCCCACCAUGAUGAGGGCACCUGGUACGUGGGGGACAUCACUCGCACCCACGCGGAGGACAUGCUCAGGGGCAAAUGCACUGGCACCUUCCUCAUCCGCGACAGCCAAUCACAGAAGGGCUCCUACGCCUGCUCCGUCGUUGUGGACGGCGACACCAAACACUGCGUCAUCUGCAAGACAGCCACAGGUUACGGCUUUGCUGAGCCCUACAAUCUCUACUCGUCCCUCAAAGAUCUGGUGCUGCAUUACAAGAACGUGUCUCUGGUCCAACACAACGACCACCUGAAUGUCACGCUGGCAUACCCAGUACUGGCUCAUCCAACCAGCCAACAGCACCCCAGAUGAGCUACCCUAACCUCUACAGCGCAAACCGAAACCUAUUAAACUAUGGUUAGCAUUUCAGCGGUGGGUAGAGCUCAGUGUUUCCACGUCCUCGCACAACAUGACAGCAGUGGCGCGGCUACAAGCACACAAUGUACUGUUACUUUGGCUAGCCGUUAGCCGUGACUGUACAUUGGGUUUUUAAAUACUACGUGACUACAGAAGCACACCCAUGUUUAAGUAAGAGGUGCUGUCCGCCUUUGGGCAAGAGACAAAGGCCCAGCGUCACACACAGACUGCCUGCACUAUGUAGACAACAGCCUGUCAUUCACCCAGCAGACACGGGCUUGGCUAAACGUGGCUGUUCGCUUCAACAUACAAAAGCAAACCUAUGAGAAAAGUGGACCAGGGGGAUGUCGUCACUGGAGUUUAAAGGUCCUAUAUUACGCAAAAUUUACUCUUAUGAGCUUUAAGCCCUGUUAAAAUGUUGUUGUUCAAAAACAUACCUGGAGUUGUUUUGUUUCGUUCACACAUUUUUAUUGUUUUUAUUAGUCUGUCUACAUCUCUAAAGCUCAAAAUACACCUUGUGAUGUCAUGAAGCAUAGUGGAGCACUUCCUGUAUUAUCACUGCAUUACUAUUCAGUUUGAGAGAGGAACUCAACAUGCAGGAUUUAUCUGUUAAACAUGUGUGAAUGAAACAAAACACAACAGGUAUGUUCUUUGAUGAGUAAACAACACAGAUCAUAUAGAUCAGAAAAUAGCGUAAUAUGUGCCCUUUAACAAGAUUUUAUAAAAAUAUUAAGUGCCAUAAAAAUAGCUUUGAUUGACCACAAGCCUGUGUCUGAAGAUUUAAAGGAAGAAGUGUAAAAUGGCUGACAGCUUUAAAGUACAAACAAGUCUAUAUUUUUAUCAAAUGUUUAUUAUCAGCUGCUUUGGCUUGUCGCGAUUUCCAUUGUACAUGACACUGCAUGGUACUGAUCUUUGGUAUAUUCAACAGAAAGGUGAGGGGUCAGUUUCACACAGAUAUUCGAACUUACGCAAAACCACAAACGCACCGCCAACUUUAGACUCAUCAUGGUCGCUUGUAACAAUUGGAAUAUGCUUACAAUUGUUUUAGUUGAAUGGUAUUAAAUGAAUGUCAUUUUAUCAAUACACAUCUUAGAAUUGUAGACAACUUACUUGCGGUGCUUUCUUUAGGUGCUUAAAGGUGCACUAUGUAACUUUUCUCUUGAGGGAUCUGCUUCCAGCCUGCCUGCACGGAGAUGUUAUGUUGUUGCCUUGAAUGUUCCACAGUAUCCAUCUUGCUAUUAUUAUAGUGUUUUUAUUGCCCAAAACUACCUUGAUAAACCUGCAUUCUUACUGUGAGCAAUGUUACCUCUACAGUCAGUUUGCUGUUAUACUGUGAAACAUUCAGACAACAGAAAUGUUACAUAGUACACCUUUAUAAUCACAUUUGUCUAACUUGUGGACAAAAUGUCUUUGUGAAACAGCCCUGAGGUGGAGCGGUUCAUUUAUUGAGAAUUAUACAGCCUUCUUCCUCUGUUCCUGUCUUUUGUUGAUACCAUAGCCAGCGCUUGAACUUUAUCUGUCGACUUAAAGUGGAACUAAACACUAAAUGAACAGGCUACUAAACUGUGUUUAUGGUGUUUGAGUAGCAUUAUCUACUGCUCCUAGGCAUUUUUGUGACAAUUUUAGCGCAAACUAGGGAGUAUUUGCAACUUUGUGGUCAAAAAUCUAUUAAAAAGGCAGAUGUAACCUGGCUCCAGUGGCCACUGCAAUUUCAAGUGCUUGGUGACAUCACAAAAGACUGCCCUGAUUACAGCCAGGUGUUUCUGAUUACAAACACCUGGCUGCAGGGGCAGAGUUUGAAGUGUGGAUACUUGUUAGACCAAUCACACUGAUCUUUAUACAGUGUUGAGGUGUUUAGUCCCACUUUAACCGUCAGUCAGUGCGCCCCCUAUGUGUCCGACAGAGCGUAGAUCUUCGUGAUUAAUAUCCUCGGUACUGUAUUUGCUUGGUAGACUGUUGUAAAUGUCUUCUUUACUGUCAAUGCUAUUCGCGGUACUUCCCGUAUUUUGACUGUUCUCACUGAGCUUCACAUGUAUAAAAGAACGUGUACGGUAUAUUUCAGACACACAUGCAGUCUGUGUAUGUGAAAGUUAAUUUUUGUUGUUUUUUUAAAAAAAAAAUGUUUUGUUGAUUUAUUCUAAGUUUUCUGCCAGACUUUGCUUCUAGGAUCCAGCUAAUGUGAGCCAAAUGAAGGAUGUCUUUUCAUGUAGCAGCAAGUCCGUUUUGCCAUUCAGUGUGGAGAGAUUAUACGUUUGCAUGGAGUCUUUAGUCUAGUUUUUUGUUUAACUUUUUUGUAAUUGUAGAGUGGUGAUGGAUAGGACUAUGCAGACAGUUAGUAGUAGUGUGACACAAACCGAAUUUCUCAAGUUACUUUCCCCUAAUUUUGAAAAAUUUGACAAAAAUUUUUACAAUUUAUUUUAAAUUUCAAAAGCACUGUUAUCAAGACAGACUGUUUAGAUUUUGUGGGUAUUUGCUGAGAUAUCAGACUCUUCAGUUCAUCAACAUAACUUAAAGAGGGGGUAUUAUGCAAGAGUGUUCUUUACCAUGUUAUAAUGCAUGCAUGAAGAAGUUUUAGAUCUGAUCUGUGCAUGUUUCAGUAAUUUAGCGAUAUCUCCGGGCCUUAUUCUAACCCUCUGUAGAGCUAACUGUAAGAUUUGGUGCAAUGCUCCGCCCACAAGCCUAUGUCAUCCACGCUCCCACAGGCCAAUUCUCUAUAAGUAUACAAAACUGAACACAACAACUUGACAACCCUGGUGUGAUGUGCAGUAGUUUAAUUAACGGAUGCAAGUUGAUUAUGUAGUGAUGUCACUAUGAAGGGGGAGUGGCUUAGUGCAGGGAGCAAAAACAGAGGAGACCCAAAAAUGAAAGUGAAAACUUAUAAAAUGUUAAUACUUUGGACUAUAGCAUUUUUAAAACAAUAAAAGGUAACAUGGUGAUGUAAAUAUGUUAUGUGUUAGCAGAUAAUACCCCAUAGAAGUAAAAUACCCCCUCUUUUAUUGUGCAUUAUAUAAAAUCUUGCACACAGCAUUGACACUUUAUUAAAACUACAGCUCAAAUUAUGUAAUAUCAUGUUUUCCUAUUAUUGUAUACCCACAAAACGUUUAGGAUUUGAAAUUGUAAGAGUUAUUUUUGAAUCGGAAAUUAUCUUAUCAGUCAGGAAUAAUCAACUCCUGUUCUUUGCACAGUUCUUGGCACUUAAAUAAAUCCAAGAAUUAAACUCACCGUGAACUUAUGAAAUGAGGGCUAUAUUACAUGCUGAGGAAGAUUGGAAGUGCCUUUUGUCCAGCUUUUUGAUUGAGCAGUGUCCCAUUGUCCCAGUAGGGGAUGCCAGAGCAUCACCCAUAUGCCAUGAAUCCAAGGGUGAGGACUCUUUGCUUUUCAGAAGGCUAAAGUGUGGAGUUGAAAAACUAGUAUUUUCUCCCAAUUGAAUCAAGUUGCUCAUUUUAUUUUUUGUUUUAUUGAAAUACAUCAUUUUGAAAGCCCUCCAGUUAUAUUAUAAUAUUAAUGGGCUUUCUAGUUUCUCAUUAUAGCCAAUAGAUAUGUCAGACAUUUUUUAAACAUUAAAAUGAUCAAAAUCAUGAGUUAUGAUUAUGAUUUUAAAUUUCUUUUUGCCAAGUCACAUCAAACGAGAUUUUCAUAUAGAUGUCUGUGUAAUCCCUCAGUUGUCCAGGUCGGCUCCAUAGCUAAACAAAAUUCAAUUCUGUCAAGAAUGGGAAGCAACUGAAUACAUGUAUCGAAAAUAUGUAUUCUGAAUACAAUUUUUUUGUACUGUAUUCUAGUACAGUUACUCUUUUAUUUGAUGGAAUUCAGAACACAGUUACUUUCCUAAAAUCAAAGGAAUACAUGGUGGCACUUUGAAGUGCACAGUCUUUAGUCUUUAUUUAUUAGAAGGGACAAUGUACAGAGACAUUAUGCUCAUAAAACAGAUGAUCUGCACCAGAUUAUAGCUAAACAGCUAGUUUUUAUCUGCAGUCCCUGUUGAGAAAAACAGAAAACACAGAUCUUGCUAUUCAGUAUUCUUCAAGUAUUCUUCCUAUGACUGGAUAUAACUCAGUGUACUACCAGCAUUUGACUAGAACUGAACAAGCCACUUGGAUGGUGUCUAUAGACACUAUCAGGACCCUAGGCAACAACAUUCAAAUUUAAGAGGAAACAUGUUUAUACAGUACAGUUACAUAUACAGUAUUUUACGGUUAGGAAAAAGUAUGUCCCCAGGGAUCUGGAGCUUUAUUCACAAAAUUUGAAAUUAAGAAUGACCUUUCCACAAAUAUUCAGCUAAGGGCUAUUGUAUUAUUGUUUAGUCCUCCACACUGUUGUUAUUGCUGCUUUGUUGUUCAGCUAUUGCGACGUAGAAACCUUCUUUGUAUAAAAAAUGCUAAUACUGUAAGCAUGAUAUAAAAGUAAGAUUUUUGUUCAUAACCGCAGUUCCUUCAUUUCGCGGUGGCGGCUGUACAGAAGCUUGGUGCUCAGUUUAAUUGCUUUUUUUUUGUUUUUCUUUUUUACAGUUUUAAACAACCCAACUCCAAAUGUGAAGCGUGUAUAUUUGGAAUGGUCCCAUUUUUUACAGUGAUAAGCUCUUUGACGUGAAUGCAUGCAGCAGUGUUGUUUCUAUGUCUCAGUAUGUUUUCAGGCCGGUUUGGCCAAUGAGCUUUUUAGCGACCGCACUUUGUUUCACUUUGUCAUUGCCCAAUUUGGAACCUUACCUGAUUUGGACCAGAUACUUUGGCACAAGUGGCCAAGUUUUUAUUGUAACCGUACUGAAUACUUGCUCAAAGCCCGUGAAAAUUGUGUAUUUAAACGGUUCAUAAACAUUAGAAAACAGCAGAGCGGAGUAAAGUCUGACUUCUUAAGCAAAAAGGCUAACAAAUACAUACAUUUUUGUUAAUAUUUCUAAGAACUGACCUCCACCCCGUCCACUUUCCCUUCUAAAUACUACUAAACUGCGCUCUCUUUGUGAUGGCACUUUUAGUUAAAUAGAACCCCAUUCAUUUCAAUAAAAAAAGGUGGAUUUGUGUAAAAUGUUCUAUGUUUAUGUCACCAACAAGUCAACACUGGUCCGAUUCUCUGGGAUUCUUUAAAAUGGCGCUGUAGUCCACAUAGAACUUAUUUCCUUUUAAGAUCAUCACUCACAUGUAAAAUAAUAUAAAACCAAUGACGACGACGGCACCCAUGGCAACAUCCGGAACACGGUGAAUAAACUUCAUAAAAUAAGCUACAUAAAAGGUUCUCUACGUAACUUUUCCAGUGGAGGGUCUGUCGCUUUCAUGUCAGUCAAUAUGUUAUUGCUUUGCCUGGAGUGUUUCAGAGUUGUUUCACAUUUAACUUAAUCUCCAUCUCAUUCAAGUUUGUGUUUGUGUUGCUCAAAAAUACCUUGAUAUAGAUGCAUUGUUAAAGUGACUGUGGUCACCUCUCCACAGAUUUAAGCUGUAACUUGACCUAGUGCCGUCACCUGCUUGUCUCCAUAGAGAUAAAUAAGCUGAAUGCCAUAGUGUGGAACAUUCCAGGCAAAAACAGUAACAUAUCCUAAUGUUACAUAGUGCCACUUUAACUUUGAUAUGAAUAGGUUAGCUUAUGUGUGGCUACAGCAGGUUACACAUAAUUAACACGCUUAAAACUGGUCAUAUUUCAAAAGUGCCAAAUGGGGCAAUGACACACAAGAUCACACAAUUCAAGCUUGUGUCUAAAACCCAACAACCCCAAACUAACUGAGAGAUUGUGUAGCUUACCGUUUUGUUUUGUUUUCUCUUGUUUCCAUAUGUAAUGUAAUGUAUCUGGAGUGUUUUUUUUAUGUAGAUAGUGGAAUGAAAAGUGUACAGUAAUGUUUCAUAAAAAUCACAGCUUUUUAUGACUGAUUUCCUCCAUAGAACUGUGUGUACAGGUGUAUGGGCAGAAUAUUCACGUUAGCAAAAGCUAGCUUGUUAUGCAAUUUUUGUCAAGUCAGUUAAAAAAUAUCCAACUUGUAUAUAUAUGAAAUCAUGAGAAAGUAUUCAACGUGUAAUCGUUUUUCUUGAUUUUGCAGACUUUGGACAACGUGACAUGCAUGAAUUGCUUUGUUAACUGUUGGUUUAAGUGUGUCCCAGUUGGCUUGUUGUAGUCGUCGGGUUGGUUUGUGCUAGUUAGCAGUUGGUUCUAAGUGUUUUGACUCAGGAGCAGCAAAGAUGGCACAUUUUCUUUUGAACAUUUUCACCCAAAAACUACAGACAGAUUCAGGAAACUACAUUCAUCAGGGAUUGGUGCAUAUUUAGAGGUCCCCUGGUUGUACAGCUCAUUUAUUAGUUCUGGUUAUCUAUUCUCAACACGCUGUGCAGUUUGACCAAUCAGAGUAGGGAUAUUUUGGGAGGAGGGGGCAAAGAAUCACUAAUAUUGAAACGGGAGGCACAGUGAACCAGAUUUGGCAAGUUUUUAUGCCAGAUGCCCUCCCUGCCACAACCAGCUUUCCAUACUUGUGACAGCAGUCGGCGAUGCAUGUGACAUAUUUUGCGCUUGGAUGAUUUUUCAACCAGUUACCAUUUGGUUAACGGGCAAAGACACAACACAUUGCACAGAGGUGGGUAGGACUCAGUUACAUUUACUUGAGUAACUUUUUAGAGAAAUUGUGCUUUUCAGACUACUUUUCUUGCAGCAUACUUUUACUUCUACUAUAUUUUUAUUGAAGUAACAGUCUUACUUGAGUAGAAGUUUUGGUUACCCUUCCCACACUGAGUAAGUCCAUGUGUGUCCUUUUUUUGUGCGUUAUUUAAAAUUUUGUCCUUUAAAUAAAAAUCAUAAAUCAGAUGUUACGUGCCGACAGUUGCUCUUUAAGUUACUCUGAUUUGACUAGUAGUUUUCCCAUAUACUGUUUUACUUGAGUAAUUUCUUGGACCACUACUUUGUACUUCUACUUGAGGGAUAUUAUUUAACGUUACUCUUACUUAAGCACAAUUUUUGGCUACUCUACCCACCUCUGUGCACUUGGAUGAUUUUGAACCAGCUACGCUUUGGUUAAUGGGCAAACACACAACCCACUGCAAAUCUCCCAAUUAAAAAACCGGGGGGCCUUAAAUAGCUGCCAUUUUCAAACAGGGAAAGCAAUUCAUACAUGUAACUUCAUCCCAAAGUUGUAAAGGAGCUUCACGCCAUAUACUCACCAUAGAUGAAAUGCCAGCAAUGCAACGUUUAGUAGCAGCGAUUCUCAGUGGAGAUUUGACAGAACCAGUUGGAGCAGCGGCACCAAAGGGCCGGGCUCCUCUGCUGUUAUAUCGGAUAUGCAUUUGAGCUUAUCGAGAAACGACUUUUCUACACGAGUACUCCCAAUAUUUUUUCAUCCGCUUUGGUACACUGUAAAUGACGUUUCCUUGAUAUGGCUACUACACUCACUUCAGCACACGAACGAAAACAAAAA